CAGCACUACCUCGGCUUCCGUAGCCGAAAUGAUCCUUACUACACUUUCUUCCAGGCGUUUGUCGUUCAAUUCAUUUCCUUUCCCAAACAAACGCAUGUUUUAACGCGAGUCGGGCGUAACUACACCCGGAAGGAAGGAGCAGCGGAGUAAAACGGUGCAGUUAUCACACCUCAUAUUCAGCGCUAGUGAGCCGCUGCUGGAGACAUUCUGAGCGAGAUCCGUCAUGGAUGAUAGUUAGCACGGACGCUAUCGUUAACGAGCCAAUAUCGCUGUGUUUCGAGAGUGUUUUCGGUUAAACAGCGCUAACGGGAUCGGCUCGGAUCGGUCGAAGUUGGAAAUACGGAAAUAACAGGCAUUCACGGGCCGCAUUAUCAUCAGUUAACUGGAGUACCGCGCCUCGUUCAGAAAGAUAUUAAAGUAUGCGGCUGUCAGAAGUGGAGAUUAAUAUUUAGGUCGUGAUUAGAUCAGAGUUCCCAGCAGGAUGUCAGAGGGAUUGUGAGCGGAGAUUACAACACAAACAUGUCAUAACGUGCAGAGUUUUGCGUUAGAUCAGAAAUCCUCGUGUACCGGGAGUCUUCUGCCUGACCGAAGCUCACGAUGUCCGGCGACAGCAGCGGCGAGGACUCGGACCGAGAGCCAGUGUGCACCGUCGAGCACCGCAUCACCAGCGCAAACCUCACAGGAUACACAGAGAAAGUCGGGAUGGAGAACUUCGAGCUUCUGAAAGUGCUGGGCACUGGAGCUUACGGGAAAGUGUUCCUGGUCAGAAAAAUCAGCGGUCAUGAUAAAGGCAAACUCUACGCCAUGAAGGUUUUGAAGAAAGCAGCCAUCGUUCAGAAGGCAAAGACGGCUGAGCACACUCGGACAGAGCGGCAGGUGUUGGAACACAUCCGCCAGUCUCCCUUCCUGGUCACCCUUCACUACGCCUUUCAGACGCAAACCAAGCUGCAUCUCAUACUCGACUAUGUGAGCGGAGGAGAGAUGUUUACACACCUGUAUCAGAGAGACCAUUUCUCCGAGGAUGAGGUCAGGAUCUACGUGGGAGAAAUCAUUCUGGCCCUGGAGCACCUGCACAAGCUUGGCAUCGUGUACCGGGACAUUAAGCUGGAGAACAUCUUAUUGGACAGUGAUGGUCAUGUGGUUCUGACAGACUUUGGGCUGAGUAAGGAGUUUCUGGAAGAGGAGAAAGAGAGGACGUACUCAUUCUGUGGCACUAUAGAGUACAUGGCUCCGGAGAUCAUCCGAGGGAAAGCUGGCCAUGGCAAGUCGGUGGACUGGUGGAGUCUGGGGAUCCUGAUGUUUGAGCUGCUGACGGGAGCGUCUCCGUUCACUCUGGAGGGAGAGAGGAAUUCCCAGAGCGAGGUGUCCAAACGCAUCCUGCGCUGUGAGCCUCCGUUCCCCUCCAUCAUCGGACCCUUGGCUCAGGACCUCCUGCGGAAGUUACUGGUGAAAGACCCUCACAAGAGGCUGGGCUCUGGACCCCGAGGAGCCGAGGAGAUCAAGUCUCAUGCUUUCUUCAAGGGUUUAAACUGGUCCGACUUGGCAGAGAAGAAGGUUCAGAGUCCAUUCAGACCUGAGCUACGUAAUGAGUUGGAUGUGGGUAACUUUGCGGAGGAGUUUACAGGAAUGGAGCCGGUCUAUUCCCCUGCCAGCACUCCGCCCAGUACAGACCGUCUGUUUCAGGGCUACUCUUUUGUGGCUCCUUCUAUCUUGUUCAAUAAGAACGUGGUGAUGGCGGAUGUCCUGGACGCUCAUGUCAAUGUUGACCGGCCCGGUUCUGCUACAGUCCAGCGCAGUGCUAUGCUAAAGGAGUCUCAGUUCUUCCAGCACUAUGAGCUGUGCCUGCAGGGGGCUCCACUGGGCGAGGGCAGCUUCUCUAUCUGCAGGAAGUGCAGACACCGGCAGAGCGGCCAGGAGUACGCCGUCAAAAUCAUCAGCAGAAGGAUGGAGGCCAUGACUCAGAAAGAGAUCGCAGCGCUACGCCAGUGUGCGUCUCACCCCAACAUCGUCACGCUCCACGAGGUCUACACCGAUCAGUAUCAUACGUAUCUGGUGAUGGAGCUGUUGCGUGGCGGAGAGCUGUUGGAGCGAAUCAGGAAGAAGAAGGUGUUUGCAGAAUGGGAGGCCAGUCAGCUGAUGAAGAGCCUGGUGUCUGCGGUCAGCUACAUGCACGAGGCUGGAGUCGUGCACCGAGACCUCAAACCAGAGAACGUGCUGUUUGCGGAUGAGUCGGACGACUCGGUGUUGAAGGUGAUUGAUCUGGGGUUUGCGCGGUUGUUUCCGAGCGGCAGUGCCCCCCUGCAGACCCCCUGCUUCACCCUGCAGUACGCCGCGCCGGAGCUCUUCCACAGCUCGGGAUACGACCAGGCCUGCGACCUCUGGAGCCUCGGGGUCAUCCUGUACACCAUGCUCUCCGGACAAGUUCCGUUCCAGAGUGAGAAGAAAGGAAUGACAUCAUCGCACGCAGCUGACAUCAUGCACAAGAUCAAAGAGGGAGAUUUCUCAUUGGACGGGGAAGCCUGGAGGGGCGUGUCUGAAGAAGCCAAAGAUUUAGUGAGAGGUCUGUUAACCGUGGAUCCUGAGCGCCGGCUGAAGCUCUCGGCUCUGAAGGAGAACGCCUGGCUCCAGGGCGGCGGCGUCAUGUCCUCCACACCGCUCUGCACCCCUGACGUCCUGGAGUCCACCGGCCCCACCGUCCGCACCUAUGUCAAUGCCACCUACAAGGCGUUUAACCGGGGGAAGCGCGAGGGGUUUUUCCUCAAGAGCGUCGACAAUGCACCGCUAGCGAAGCGCCGCAAGAUGAAGAUGACCAGCACUGGUGUGGAGACGAGACGCAGCUCCUCCUCCUCCUCCUCAUCCUCCUCUUCCUCAUCCGCUUCCCAUUCCAAGACGCAGAACUGCCAGUCUUUGAAUCCCCACGAGGAGCCCAAACUGUGACGUCUCCCGAAGCCUCUCUGAUGCGCCGAGAGAGCGCAUUACAGCAGAGGAAAGAGGAUUUUGAGUCAGGACGGCCGUCUGUAAACACAGUGCCAAGGAAAUGAUCAACAGAGACUCCCGCGGCGUCAUUUUAAUGAAUGUAAAAAUGUUUUUAAAGAGAUCUUUUAACUGCAAGAGAUGAGUGAAACUGAGAUCAGGGAAGGCUGGAAUAUUAGGGAAAGCCAUAUGUGAGCGUUAGAGUGGACUUCUGUUUUAAUGAUCCACGGAGCAAAGCUUUGUGUGAAUCCUGUACACAUCACUACAUUCAGAAGUUUUCUCCAUGUUUGCAUGGCCAGAGUAUUUUGAAUGUUUUACAUGUUUUACAAGUUGAAGUCAGACCACACAGAGUCACUGACUCUCCAGACGCUGAUCCUAUCCACGCUUUUUCUUAUCCAAUUAUUUCUUGUCAAAGUCAAAAACACAAUAAUAAUAAUAUAUUAUAUUUUGAGGACUAUUAAAUAUUAAAAAUUCUUAAUGAACCACAAUUUCUCCCUGCCAAAUUGCCAUUACUGUAAUUUUAAAAAAAUAUAUUUUUUAACUAAAAUCAGCACAAAAUGUGUGCAAAUGCAGAAGAAAUGUCCUUGCAAUUGUACUUUACUAAUGUGGGGAAAAAUAUGGGAAAAAAAAAAAAAUAUAUUUUCUUUGGCCAUUAUGGUCAUGAAAAAAGUACUAAAAAAUGGAAAUCUUAAUGCAAAAUAAUUUCUCUUUUGGUGCUUUUGUGGUGAAAUACAGCCUGAUGUUUGGGUCAGAUUCACCUUCUUGCCUGGUGUGUUUUAUCACGUGAAGUGUGUGGAGAUCACUUCAUAUUCUGUCACUAACUGGACUGAUUUCCAGAGGUUUGUGUGUAUGACAACCAGGCGUGGACUUGCUUUUAUUGGUGUUGUUGAGAAGUUGUGCUUCUUGAAUGGUGACAGACUGGUGUCUGGAGGGAUCCUGAGGUUCACCAGACACACAUCAGUCCCUGCUGUUCUUAAGGGCUUUCACAAUCACACGUCCACGCUGGCCUCCCUCCCUGUUUCCCGCUUUAUUAUCCGUCUUCACGGCCAUCAGUCUCGCUGCGUUUGAGACCUGAUGCACAAGUGUCGAGUCCUUCUGCGGUGUAAAUUCACUUCGACUCAGACUGCGUGCUGAGCUGACGGUUUUAUUAAGAUGCAAACAGUAAAACACCUCCAGCAGUGUAAUAUAAACUCGGCUUUUCUUUUAAGAGCUGUGCAGCUGGCAGGUAUGAACAAUUCAAACAGAUUGUUUGGCGCUGUUUUUAUUGAAAUAACACAUUCGUCGUUUGUUUAUGCCAAAAUGGUGGGUUAAUGGAGGAUAAUGAGAGUUUUGCACACGAGAUGCACUAGUCUGGCUUGAGUGUUCACGAGCGAUGCUUCUGUCAGCUGUUCAUGGAAGGAGACGGUGAUGUGAAAAGACUGGAACUAAUGCGUAUCGUCCAGGGGUUCAAACGCAUGACUUUGCUCAGCGUCUGUAAUCAAAGUGUCUUUCAGAAGGAGCUACAUCAUGCUGUGCGACAAAAUAGGUUUGACUUCAGGCCUUUUAAAGGAAUAGUUCACUCAAAAGGUAGAAAUUGCUAAAAAUGCCUGCACCCUCAGGUCAUCCGAGAUGAGCUUUUCUUCAUCAGAACAGAUUCGUAGAGACUCGUGGAGUGUAUUAUUGUGAUGUUUUUAUCAGCUGUUUGGACUCUCAUUCUGACGGCACCCAUUCACUGCAGA